AUGCCGCAGCAAUUACAUGAAGUAACCGAAGCCGACAUUCAAGCGUGCUUAACAAGCAGCUACGAUGGUAACGAGCAAUACUCGGUGCUUCCUUCGAUCGAAGAUGUUUUCGAGCCAUAUAUCAGUAGCGAGCCUGGCGAAGACAUCACUGCAGUUGUGUCGUCAACGGUCGGUACCUCCGCUUCGAAUAUAUCCAAGCAGCGUUGUUCUUCGUACGAUUCUCAAGCUACACUACCAUUAUCGACGCCUUGCCCGUCGGACGAAGAAAGAGAUCUUCCUGUUAUGCUUUGCAGUCCUGCAAGGACGAAUCACCACUUCAACGUUGGCAAUACCGUACCCACGCCACAAGUACGAAGGACUCUGGACUUCGGUAUGCCAGCCUUUCGCCACACCAAUGACAUUGUACAACAAGUCUCUGAGCCUAGCGACUUCACUUCGCUGGCAGCACUGCGAAGACUUGAACGAGACCCUCCCCACCACUGGCAUGAAGACGAACGAGAACUAUUGACCAUCCUCUAUCGAUGGUACGAAGACACAUAUGUGGCAACCAUUCCGAAGGUCUUCAAUGCUAUCACCGGCCUCAACCUCAGGCUCAAUGUCAUUCGAUACCAAUUCGAGAGCCAUCUAAUCUUGUAUGGUGGCCGCGCAUACCCCGAGUUCGAUCGUGUGAUGAAAGUCCCAUUCCACGACCCGGAAGACAAGUACGACGAGAUCCACGCAAUUAUCGAGGACACUGCCUUGGAUUCUGGCAUCGAAUUAUCAAGACGCACACACGAGGUGAAAAUUGAGUCUGGCUUGGCGAGAACUGCAAAGUCUCCCAAGACGAGGAAACAUUACAAAUCCUUGGUUAGACGUGCGCUGAAGAGGGAGAAGGAGAGAGCACGCGCCAUUUUCACGCCAGCUCGGGAAGAUUUACCACUGCAGGAUCUACAGCUCGGCGGGAUGACAUUAGCUGAGCAAGAUAAUGAGGAAACAUGGUCAGACGUUGACGGUUAUCAUACACCGCCCAUCACACCUACACAGCCAACACUCCGGACUCCACCCGGCAGGAAUACGAUUGGAUUUCGCGUUUGGGAUGCCAACAGCCGGACCAUGUUCGACGACGAGACAGGCUUCGUGAGCCAAGUCUUCUCAAUUUGGAGGGGCGAGUUCCUGCCGCCUUUCUCUCCAGAUGGACAAGGUCAACAGGCUAUCAUGCUCUUGACGAAUCUCCAUUUGUCAAUGAGCGGCGGCGCAUCGGCCUUUGUUUCAGUAUCUACGAGUCUCUUGCAGGCACUGGUCAAGGCCUCAACAAUGUUUGAGCCCAGAAUCGCCGUCACUGCUGACGUGAUGCGGAUGUUGAAAGCGGAAGGCCAGGCUCCGUGGGCAAGAUACAAGGGCCUCGCAGAGCGCAUGGUUUGGGCUUCCGUGCCAGCUGCAGCUGUGCUGUCACACUUCCCGCUUUCCGACCUUACUGUUUUGUCACGCCACAACCAAGCUUGCGACGAUAUCCUCAACUUGCGGGACAUACAAUCAGGUCGAAAGACACAAUACGUCUCCUCACUCUUGCGCGACAGGAACACCUUCAUCAACAUCCGCACGGCACGAGCUAUGGCUGUAGUAUGCCGGGCCUUCAAGAUGCACCGUGUCGGCGUCAGCCUUGCGCACAUUCAAGGACUAGUCUCAUCGUUGGUGGAUUCGUUCCAGCUGAAGCACGUCACAAACGAUACACCUCGCAUGUCUAUGAUGAUGGCCAAAGCGUUUGCCGUGUCUCUCGUGUCGCAAGCUCAUCUGGACCCUGAUGUUGAGACCGCUUUUCAGGAAGGCGUUCAGCAAGGCACUGUUAGUAAUAUCCGUGUACAGACUAUUGUGAAGCAUUUACUGACUCCAUACAUCGACUUUUAG